CAUGUCUUCAAACACGUCGCAUGUGGCCUUGAUUUUCUGCACAGUCGUGGCGUUGUACAUGGCGAUACAAAGCCCGCCAACAUCCUCCUCACCGCGGCGCGAGAAGGAGAUCGCUUUUCACUACACAAGAUCGCAUACUUCGGCGCUGCGUCACGGGGCUGUUCAUCGAAUAUACCACGAGGCCACCUGGGUACCCCGUCCUUCCAACCGCCCGAAACAGACUAUCGCCACGAACCGGGAUCUGAUAUCUGGGCGCUGGGAUGCAUGAUUCCUGAACUGAUACUGGGUCGGCUGCCGGUGCAGAAGAUAGAAGAGCUGGACACCGAUGAGAAGGCUUGGUUUGAGGAGAGUGGGGCGGGACAUACCGUAUGAUAUAACCUUUUA